CGAUUUGGCCGGACUCGAUCGCUCUCUCUUUUGACACUUGCCCGAUGUCGGAGUCUGUUCAGACCUUCGGCAAGAAGAAGACGUCCAUUGCAGUCGCGCACUGCAAGCGCGGCCACGGCCUUAUCAAGGUCAACGGCGUCCCCCUCGACCUCAUCCAGCCCGCGGCUCUCCGCGUCAAGGUUAGCGAGCCCCUGCUCCUCCUCGGCAAGGAGCGUUUCUCUGGCCUCGACAUCCGUGUCCGCGUUGCCGGUGGUGGUAACGUUGCCCAGAUCUACGCCGUCCGCCAAGCAAUUGCCAAGGCUAUUGUCGCUUUCUACCAAAAGUUCGUCGACGAGGCUUCCAAGAAGGAGAUCAAGGACCUCCUUGUUGCCUACGAUCGUUCGCUGCUCGUUGCCGACCCCCGUCGCGCUGAGCCCAAGAAGCCCGGCGGUAAGGGCGCCCGUGGCAAGAUGCAAAAGUCCUACCGUUAAGCCCUCGCCAGCUGGAUCCCUUUCCUGGCUCCGUUCUGUUGUGCUUCAAGUCCGUUCAUACUUUCGGUUGUCCCCUUUUACAUCGUGCAAUGUGCGCACCCUGCUGUUGAACAUUUUUUGUACCAAAAAAACUACAACACAUGGUUGCAUCAUUUUUUAAAACACAC